CCUCCCGCAGACUCCAGGCUCAUGAGGCGCUAGAGACCCGGAGCCCUCCAUUGGCUGUCCCGACUGCCGAGGCAGGCAGAGGCGACCGGGAAGCAGCGACCCGACGGACCCUGCUCGGUGGAGGAAGCCGGACGGAGCAGCAGCGGCUCGGACGGACACCAGUGGAACACCACCCGCGGCUCGGAGCAGAAUCCUCGCUAACGUCGGCUGGAAGUUUCCGAGAUGUGGUGACGUGACUGCACCGAGGCGACGGGGAGCUAACAGGGAGCUAACGGGAAGCUAACGAGGAGCUAACGGGAAGCUAAGGCUAGCCGACAAGCUAACGCUCCUGCCCGGGGAGAACGGGCGUAGUUCCUGGGGUUAAACGGCUCUGGGACCGGUUCAGAUCGUGUGGGACACACGGACACGACGCAGUCCUCCAUGUUGUCUCCUUUUAUGUCCAACAGAGCGGGUCUUUAGAGACGUAUCUGGAAACUAGCAAGUGUUAGCUAACUAGCGGGCUAGUAGCUAACUAGCGGGCUAGCAGCUAACAUCCAGACCGACUUCCAGCCGAGGAACUCCGCUUCCUCCGGCUCCACGUCCCCGGCCCGGCAGGUCCUCGAGCGGCCUCACUUCUACCGGAGGACGCAGGUGAAGGAUCCCACCCGGACGAGUUACUUCCACUUCCCGGGAUGCAACCAUCCAGCCACCGGCUCACUACAUGCUAGCCUGCUAACGCGGAGGUAGCCGGCCGAAGUUGGAAUACUGCCCCCGUCCCUGCUCACUCGGUGCGGGGGUUCGCUGCGAGGCCUUCCGGAAGCGAUCCCCUCUCCCCGGCCGCCAUGCCCACCCCCCGCCGGUGAGGGGACUCGAUCCGCCGAGGGACCCGUGUCUGUCCUGCUCGACCAGCCGGGGACACCGCGGACCACCGGGACCUGGCUGUUUACUCAUCCGAGUAACGUGUCUCUCGCAGCCCUCUGCCGUCCCGCUGUUCAGUCAAGAUGAUGUGCGAGGUGAUGCCCACCAUCAGUGAGGCCGAAGGGCCCGGGGGGGUCGGCGGCAGUGGUCGACGGGGGUCCGGCUCCCCGCUGCAGUCCGACUCUGAGGGUCACUUUGAGUCGCUGAUGGUGUCCAUGCUGGAGGAGCGGGACCGUCUUCUGGAGACUCUUCGGGAGUCUCAGGAGAACCUGGGCCUGACGCAGGGCAAACUGCACGAAGUGAGCCACGAGAGAGACUCGCUGCAGAGACAACUCAACACGGCACUGCCUCAGGAGUUUGCUGCACUAACCAAGGAGGUGAACGUGUGCCGGGAGCAGCUUCUGGAGAAGGAGGAGGAGAUCGCAGAGCUGAAGGCCGAGAGAAACAACACCCGGCUGCUGCUGGAGCACCUGGAGUGCCUGGUGUCCCGUCACGAGCGCAGCCUGAGGAUGACCGUGGUGAAGAGACAGGCUCAGUCUCCUGCAGGGGUCUCGAGUGAAGUGGAGGUCCUCAAGGCCCUGAAGUCACUGUUCGAACACCACAAAGCCCUCGAUGAGAAGGUCAGAGAAAGACUACGUGUUGCUUUGGAAAGAUGCAGCGUGUUGGAGGAGCAGCUCACCCUCUCGCACAAAGAAUUGGCGUACCUCCGGGAGCAGAGCAGCCAGAAGAGAGGCCUGGCAGACGGAACCAGCGAAGUCAACCACAACUCUGAAAACACGCCGAGCACCAACGGCAAGCGGUCGUCGGAUGGUUCGCUGAGCCAGGAGGACGAGUCGUUAUCUGGGUUCGGGAAGGUCUGUGAGCUCCAGGAUGUGGUGGACCGCCAGACCACCGAUCUGGGCCAGAUGAAGGAGCGCAUGUGUGCCAUGGUGUCACGCAUCAAUGAGCUGGAGGAGGACCUGGACACGGCCAGGAAGGACAUUAUCAAGUCCGAGGACAUGAACACGAGGCUGCAGAGAGAUCUGAGAGAGUCGGUAGCUCAGAAAGAAGACAUGGAGGAGAGGAUCACCACCCUGGAGAAGCGCUACCUGGCAGCUCAGCGGGAGGCCACCUCCGUCCAUGACCUCAACGACAAGCUGGAGAAUGAAGUGGCCAACAAGGAGUCCCUCUUCAGACAAACCGAGGACAGGAACCGGCAGCUGCAGGAGAAGCUGGAGCUGGCGGAGCAGAAGCUGCAGCAGACCAUCCGCAAGGCGGAGACUCUGCCUGAGGUGGAGGCGGAGCUGGCCCAGAGGGUCGCGGCCCUCACCAAGGCAGAGGAACGUCACGGCAACGUGGAGGAGAGACUGAGGCAGCUGGAGGCUCAGCUGGAGGAGAAGAACCAGGAGCUGGUCAGGGCUCGGCAGCGAGAGAAGAUGAACGAGGAGCACAACAAGCGCCUGUCGGAGACGGUGGACAAGCUCCUGUCCGAGUCCAACGAGAGACUCCAGCUGCACCUCAAAGAGAGGAUGUCUGCUCUGGAGGAUAAGAACGCCCUGAUUAGAGAACUGGAUCACACCAAGAAGCUGAUCGAGGAGUCUCACCACGAGAAGGAGCAGCUCCUGAUCGAGAUUGAGACCAUGAGGGCGGAGAACGAGCAGGGCAGGAGCAGGAGCAACUCCCUGUUACAUGGACGCUCUCAGCUGGGCAGCACUCCAGAUUUCAGGUAUCCAGUGUCGGCGUCCUCGCUGAUGGACAGUAACUCGGACCACUAUGGCAGCGCUCUGGUGCUGAGGCGACCUCAGAAGGGACGAGUGUCAGCGCUCCGCGACGAGCCGUCCAAGGUGCAGACUUUAAACGAGCAGGAGUGGGAGCGAAUGCAACAGGCCAACGUGCUGGCCAACGUGGCCCAGGCCUUUGAGAGUGACAUGGACGCCUCGGACCUGGAGGAGGACAGAGAGACCAUGUUCAGCUCAGUGGACAUGCUGUCCCCUGGUGGCCAGGCCGAUGCACAGACCCUGGCCUUAAUGCUGCAGGAGCAGCUGGACGCUAUCAACAAUGAAAUUAGAAUGAUCCAGGAGGAGAAGGAGAGCACAGCGAUCCGGGCAGAGGAGAUCGAGUGUCGGGUGGGCAGCGGCGACAGCCUGGGAGGACGCUUCCGCUCCAUGAGCUCCAUCCCCCCCUCCCUGUGUGCCGGCUCGUCGCUGGGCGGCUCCCCCCCGGGCUCCGGCCACUCCACGCCCAGACGCAUUCCUCGAAGCCCCAACAGGGAGCUGGACCGCAUGGGGGUCAUGACCUUGUCGGCUCAGGACGACAAGGCCACCAUCCGGUGUGAGACGUCCCCCCCCACCACUCCACGCUCCAUGCGCCUGAACAGAGAUGCAGGACACGCCUCCAGCGUGGAGGACAUCCGAGACAUCCGAGGUCUGGCCGGUCUGCAGGACGGGCAGGGGAGUAACCCCAGCAGCAGCAACAGCAGCCAGGACUCGCUCAACAAGGCAGCCAAGAAGAAGAGCAUCAAGUCUUCCAUCGGACGGCUCUUUGGAAAGAAGGAGAAGGGCCGACCCAGCAUCCCUGGGAAGGAUUCCUCCAGCCAAGCUGGCACGCCGGAGGCAGAGAGCUCUCCUAAGGACGGAUUAGGAAUGGGCACCCUGGGGGGCCCUGCCGACAAGAACCGGAAGCUGCAGAAGAAGCAUGAGUUGCUGGAGGAGGCUCGCCUGCAGGGCCUGCCGUUCGCCCAGUGGGACGGACCCACCGUGGUGGUUUGGCUGGAGCUGUGGGUGGGCAUGCCGGCCUGGUACGUGGCGGCGUGCCGCGCCAACGUGAAGAGCGGCGCCAUCAUGUCGGCGCUGUCGGACACGGAGAUCCAACGGGAGAUCGGAAUCAGCAACCCGCUCCAUCGCCUGAAGCUCCGCCUCGCCAUCCAGGAAAUCAUGUCCCUCACCAGCCCCUCGGCCCCCCCCACCUCACGCACGACAACAGGAAAUGUUUGGGUCACUCAUGAAGAAAUGGAAACGCUGGCCGCCACACCCCCCACGACGCUGGCGUACGGUGAGAUGAACCACGAGUGGAUCGGUAACGAGUGGCUGCCCAGCCUCGGCCUCCCCCAGUAUCGGUCCUACUUCAUGGAGUCCCUGGUGGACGCCCGCAUGCUGGACCACCUCACCAAGAAGGACCUGAGGGGACAGCUCAAGAUGGUGGACAGCUUCCACAGGAACAGUUUCCAGUGCGGAGUGAUGUGUCUGAGGAGGCUGAACUACGACAGGAAGGAGCUGGAGAGGAGGCGGGACGAGUGCCAGCUGGAGCUCAGAGACGUGCUGGUGUGGAGCAACGAGCGCCUGAUCGGCUGGAUCCAGGCCAUCGGACUGAAGGAGUACAGCAGCAGCCUCUACGAGAGCGGCGUCCACGGAGCCCUGCUCGCUCUGGACGAGACCUUCGACCACAACACCCUGGCCCUGCUGCUGCAGAUCCCCAUGCAGAACACACAGGCCAGAACGACUCUCGAGCGUGAAUACAACAGUCUGCUGGCCGUCGGCACAGAGAGGAGGAUGGAAGAGGACGACGAUAAGAACUUCCGCCGAGCUCCGUCGUGGAGGAAGAAGUUCCGGCCCAAAGACGUGCGAGGGGGCGGGGCUUCGGACACGCUGCCCGCCAACUUCCGGGUGAACAGCAGCGGUUCCUCAUCUCCCGCCACACAACCAAAGAGGAGCCCGAUGGACGGUAGCCGCUGGUCAGAGGAGGAGGGCGAGUUCCCCGCGUUCAAGACCAGGAUGAUGAACUGAGUUUUCUCUCAAAGACACUAAAAACACGUUUGGUUGUCAUCACAGAAAAAGACCUUUACUCAUCAACCUGCGUCUCCCCAGAGGAAACGUGUGAUUUAUCUACAUUUGUUAUAUUUAUGUAAACCAAUGGGACAUUUAAUUGAUUUUAGAAAAGACUGUGUAAUCCUUUUAUCCUCUUAAUCGACCCACUUUUUAAGAAUAAACCUUUCUCCACUGUGCCCAUAUUAAGCUCCGCUCUCAGAUGGAUGUAACUGAACGUUUCUACUGUCUGGAGUUUGUAUAUUUCUACCAACAGACAUUUUAUCUAAUCUUUUUUAUAAUCCUGAUUCUAUUGACCAGAUGUACGUUGUUUUUUUUCCUCUUUUGAUUUGAAUUCUAAUCAUCGAAUUUAUGCUCAAGUGACUUUGACAUGUGAUAUAACUUAAUUCAUAUCCUUUGCCCUUUUUAACUGUUGUAUUUCUUUGUAGCUUAUUACCUGUGACUUUGUGUAAAUGCAGCUCUUAGGUCAAGGGAAGUGUGAAUAUCAGACAAUUUGCUGGAGUCGUCAGACAGUUUCACAAACUUCUCAGCUCUGUGAGUCGUCAUCACCUUUAGAAUAACUGCUGGCACGCCGGGUGAUGGCGGCUGCACAUCACGUGAAACACACACACAGAAUAUUUCCUUUUUCUCUUCUUUGUUUUUUCAUAUCUGCGAUACCAAAACGAAACUCUUGAAUUUAAGAAGUAAAGCCAUAUAUCAGUAGCGGGGGGGAAACAGGGCUACUUUCAGAUGCAAGCGAAACAGAAUUCCAGGUUCUCUCCCGUCGACCUUGCAUGCAGAAACUCCUCCCACUAAACCCCACCCAGCCCCCUCACACCCCGUUUGUCCCUUUAAACAAAACGAACCUCCCUCACCUCUGGAGAAACAGAGCGAUGGACCAACUUCACCGAGGCCUCAGUGGAUCCUCGCCGUGACGAGAUCACCAUCCCCCCAGAAACCCCCUUUUUUAAAAACACUUUGUAUGAGGAUUUCAUAUCAAGCCUUAUUGUUUCUGAACUCAUCUGUCGUCUGCUCUUAUUUAUUACUCAUCAGCGUUCAGAGCUCCAGCCCCAGUUUGUCUUCCACGUCUUAGUUCGUCCACUCUCUCAACACCGGUUCCACCGGUUCCACCGCUCGGAACCCACCAGUUUUCUGUCUUCUCACACUUCAUGUAGUUCAAGCUUCCAGUAGAGACACUUCGGUUUGAGGUGUCGUCACGUAGGCACAAUGCAAAUCAUAUUGCUGUUGUUUUAUUCCCGCUCCUCCACCUGUUGAAUUUUAUGAUCUUGUAACUAUGAUGUACAGUCUGAGUACUUAUAAACUAUUUUUAUCACAGUAUUAUUUAUUGCUUACUUUCAAUAAAAUACUGAAACUUA